UCUGUUUCUGUAACUGAAGUUCUGGAGAAAGACUUUCAUUUUCAUUUGUAUUUCUACAUUUACAUCAUAGAAAUGAUUUGCAAUUCCACAUAAUUAAUUUCAGUUUUCAAACAUUUUCUAUUAUAAUUGUACAUUUAUUAUUGUUGUUUGUUUUGUGUGAUUGUCUUUUAUAUGUCUAAUUUACAGCAGUUUGUCUAUUUUGAACCUGUGGUUAAAGAGUUUUCUAAUAUUUCCCUGUUCAUUUCCUUUAUUUUAGAAAAUCCAGAGAAAAGGAGGAAAGGGAAUAAAGCCUCUGCUUUCUUCAAGAGAGCAUGGAAGGCUGUGAAGCGCCCUUUCCUUUGCUGUGGCCGGAACAGAGUGGCUCCAUUUGAACCACAGUCGGAUAUCGAUGAUUUCGAGCAUCUGCCUGUUCCAGGUCCUUCCAGGACCGUCGCAGCACAUGCAGACCUUGAGCCGGUGUGGCUGCCCGGCCAGGUCUGUGAAGACCCUCAGCCGUUGAGUGUUCCGGGCCCCUCCAGGAUCAAGCAAACAGCAGAUCCGGCCCGUCCUGAGUCCUCAACGGCCCUGACAGGUCAUGUUGAUACUGAGCUGGUGUGUCUGCCAGGCCAGAUCUGGGAAGAUCCUCAGCCAAUCAGUGUCCAUGGCCUCACCAAUAUUAAGAACAUGACGGAUGCAGAUUCGGCCUGUCCUGAGUCGCCUCCGUCUGUUCAAGACCCCUCUGAUAUUGAUGGGACUGAUGAAAAACCCAAAAAAGGAAGAAAAGGGAAAAGAGUCUCUGCUUUCUUCAAGAGAGUAUGGAAGGCUGCAACGCGCCCUUUCCUGUGCUGUGACACAGAUAUAGUCCAGCAUCUUACACCACAACCUGAACCUGAAACUGAGCCAGAGUCAGAGCCCGAGCCAGAGCUGGAGGAAGCUAACCCUGAGGCAGUAUGUCUGCCAGGCCAGGUUCCUGAGGAGCCUAAAGAGGCUUCUGGACCCCCUCGUGGUAAGUCAUCAUUUUCUUCUAUUUUCUUUGGAGCCGUGAUUGGAGAAGGAGCUUUUGGCCAGGUGUUUGUGGCAUCUCACAAACUUCGGAAAAGUGAAAAGGUUGCCCUGAAGUUUAUCAACAAGAAGGAAGACAACCAUUAUCUCGACAUUGAUGGUCAUUCCACACCUGUGCUUGCGGAAGUGGCAAUGAUGCUUAAGUUGAAGAAUGCUCCGCAAUGUCCAAACAUCAUCGGAUUACACGACUGGAUUGAGAAUGAGAACAACUUCAUUCUCAGUCUGGAGUACGCAGAGUCAUACCAGACCUUGGAUCAGUACAUCACAGAUACAUUGGACAUUGGUGAAAACCGAUCACGCCAGUUAAUGAGUCAGUUGAUCCAAGCUGUCAAGUUCUGCACUGAGCAUGGAGUUUUCCAUGGAGAUAUCCACACGGAGAACAUCAUGGUGACUCAACCCCAAUUACAGCUCAAAUUGAUCGACUUUGGUUGUGCUUGGCCAAUUAGCAGCGAGCCUUUCAAUAGCGAUCAAUAUCGAGGAGUUAUUUACUGCACGCCACCUGAGGUUUUCAGGGAUCCCACAUACCAUGCUGACCCGGUAAACGUCUGGACAAUUGGCAUCGUGCUGUAUGAAAUCUUGCAUGCAGAAUUGCCCUUUCGUGACGAAGAUUCAGUAAUGUUUGCAUCCGCUGAGAUACACCCCAGGUUAUCUCCAGCAUGCCAGGACCUGAUUUCCCAGUGUUUCAUCCGCUGUCCACUUGAGCGGCUGAAGUUACAUCAGUUAGAAGAGCACCAGUGGUUCAAUCUAACAACCCCAAAUCUAAUGGAGCUGUUAGACGCCAGGAUGUAG